AACCGGCCCCGAACGGUGACUGUGUGGGAGCCCCGACUCUGUUUCCCAAGCGCCCUAGAGCCCUCUCGUCUCGCCCGAGAUGAGCUCGGAGCUGAAGAAGAAGCUGUUCAAGCGGCGGCGGGUGUUGAGCAGGGAGCGGCGACUGAAGCACCGGGUGGUCGGGGCUGUGAUAGACGAAGGGCUGAUCACGCGGCACCACCUCAAGAAGCGGGCGUCCAGUGCACGUGCCAACAUUACUCUGUCUGGGAAGAAGCGCAGAAAACUCCUCCAGCAGAUCCGGCUUGCCCAGAAAGAGAAAGCAGCCAUGGAAGUGGAAGCCCUCCCAAAGCCAGCCAGGACUGGUGAACUACAGUCCAAAUCGAAAAAGAAGACAAAAGCCCCCCAGGAUGUAGACAUGGAGGACCUUGAAGAUAAGAGCUAAAUCUCUCACUUCUUCCACCAGAAGAUUCUCAGCUGGAGCCAGGAGGACUCAGUGGUUCUUUCAGAGGACUGCAGUGCUCCUUUUUGCUCUCUCAGAUUCCUCUUCCAUAAUGGCCUAGUGACUUACCCUGGAGGGAUGUGUUGAAAGGAAGAGGAUGGAGAGGAGGCUCUUUAGCAAUCAACCCAGCCUGUAAUAAAGCCCUAGAGUUCUCACUGA